GCAGUGUGUAUUUUUUUCCUCCCUGCUUUUUUUGUAACUAAAGCUGGGAUGUGUAGGACGUCACAUGUUGUUUUUCCUCUUCAGUCCAGUCACUUAGCGAUAUGUGUUAUUUACUGGUUAACUGUUACGCACGCCGUGUGCGGUGGGCAUAGCUCGGAAUGAGAUAGAAGCGAGAAGUACGGUCGAGUUUCUCCUCCAUUCGCGCUUCAAGGAGAGAACAUACAAGUUAAGCGAGAAAGUGAGAGUUCCCCAGGACGCGAGAAUGGCGAGUCCGCCGCAAACAGGAGGACAGUUAAUUUCCAACGUCAACGUGAAUAACAACAACAUUAAGAAAUGCGGUUAUCUGAAGAAGCAGAAACAUGGACACAAGCGGUUUUUCGUGCUGAAGGAGCAGAGCGACGGCUACCCAGCCCGGCUGGAAUAUUACGAGAGCGAAAAGAAAUGGAAGAACAAAUCGGCAGCUAAGAGGGUCAUACCCCUGGAUUCCUGCUUGAACAUCAACAAGAGAGCAGACGCUAAACACAAACACCUCAUCGCCCUUUACACCAAGGACGAGUAUUUUGCCGUGGCCGCCGAAAAUGAGCAGGAGCAGGAAAAUUGGUACCAAGUCUUAACGGAUUUAAUGAAUGAGGGGCGAGUGUAUGACGGCUCGUGUAAUUCAGCCUCGUCGCUGGUGGGGUUUGACGAGUCGAGCUACGGUAUGAUUACGCCGGUGAAUGCCGCUUACAAGGAGGUUUGGCAAGUAAAUUUGAAAUCAAAAGGACUGGGUCAUACGCGGAAUUUGACGGGAGUAUACAGACUUUGUUUAUCGAGCCGGAGUAUUAGCUUCGUGAAACUGAACUCUGAGGCUGCUUCGGUCAGUUUACAGCUGAUGAACAUUCGGAGAUGUGGUCACUCAGACAGUUUUUUCUUCAUCGAAGUGGGCAGGUCCGCGUCCACGGGUCCCGGUGAAUUUUGGAUGCAAGCGGACGAUUCGGUCGUGGCUCAAAACAUCCACGAAACUAUUUUGGAGGCUAUGAAAGCUAUGAAAGAGCUGUCGGAGUUUCGACCGCGCAGCAAGAGCCAGUCCUCAGGUACGAACCCCAUCUCCGUGCCGAGCAGGCGGCAUUUGAACAACCUCCCGCCGAGUCAGACGGGGCUGCUGCGCCGCUCUCGGACGGACAGCAUAGCCGCCACAUCCCCUGUCACCAAAUUCUCAUCGUGUCGGAUAAGAACGGCCAGCGAGGGCGACGGAACCAUGACACGCCCCAUGUCUGUCACGGGGAGCCCCAUCAGUCCUAGCGUGAACCGGACCCAGCUGAGCCGGUCAAACACAGUGACAGCUCGCCCCUGUCGGACAUUCGAAUCCCCCUCCCUGCAGCACAGCAAAUCCAUGUCCAUGCCCGUGUCUCACUCCCCUCCCUCAGCCACCAGCCCCGUCAGCCUGUCCUCCAGCUCCGGGCAUGGCUCCAACCUGGAGAGCGCUCCCCGCCCGUCAAGCUGCAGCGCGUCCGUCUCUGGGUCUCCUAGCGACGCUGGCUUCAUUUCCUGCGACGACUAUGCCUCUAGCCCCGGGGAGGGUGCACGGGGCUAUCUGCUGGCCUCCAACCGUAGCAACACCCCCGAGUCCUUCACAGACACGCCGCCCUCCCAGGAGGGCAGCGACCUGCAUGGUUACAUGCUCAUGGAGCGCAGGCACAUGAUGGGGCUCACCCCCUUCACCCAUGGCAGCCAGCAUCGCAUGUCCCGGGUGGGCAUGAUGGCAGGCGACGACGGGCCCCUGCUGCUGGACCUGGAAAAGGCCUACAGGAAGAGGACCCACUCCCUUACCAUGCCUCACCAGAAGAGGGCGCCAGCUCAGGUCUCCUCGGCCUCGCUGGACGAGUACACCCUGAUGAGGGCCACCUACACCACCCCCACCUCGGCAUCCUCCUCCUCCCACAACCUGGCUGGCGGGGGACCCCUCUCCUCUGGCCGCAGCUCGCACACGGCCUCCCCGAAGGUCACCUACCCGGAGGACUAUGGCGACAUCGAAAUCGGAUCCCUGCUGAAGAGCCCGAGUGGACCCCACUUUCCCAGUGCUGGUGGUAAUGAUGGCUACAUGCCAAUGACCCCAGGCGCAGCCCCACCAGGCAGCGGCCCCAUUAGGGACGAGAGCUACAUGCCCAUGAGCCCCAUGUGCGUGUCAGCCCCCAAGCAGAUCAUCAACCCCCGGGGCCACCACGUGCUCCCGGCCGGUGGAUCCAGCAACGGUCACGGUAGCGGUGCCGGGAGCAGCGGCAGCGGUUUCCGGACCAACUCCCCCAGCAGCAGCUGCUCACUCGAGGACAGCGGCUACAUGAAGAUGCUGUGCGGCUCCAAGCUGUCCAUGGAGAGCUCGGACGGAAGACUGGGCAACGGCGAGUACCUCAACAUGUCCCCCGUGGACCCCCACUCCUCCUCCUCCAGCACAGCCACUGUGUCCCUCACCCCGCCCGACUACUUCCUGGCCUCCCUCGGCCCAACCGAGAGACACCAGAUCAAUCAGCAACAACAGUUUCACCCCCACCACCCUUUCCCCUUGCAGCGGGUGCCUUAUUCCUUCAGUUCCCUGCCCCGGUCCUACAAACCCCAGCAUCAUCAUUAUCACCAUCAUCAUCAUCAUCAUCAUCAUAACCAGCAGCAGCAGCAGCUGAAUGGCAACAGCGACCAGUACGUACUGAUGAGUCCCCAGAACCAGAGAAUAUUGGAGGAGCCGUGCGGAGGCGAGUGUGGCAGCGGCUCCUCUCCCUGCAGUCCGCCCGAGGCUCAGGCUUCCCUCCCUUCUCCCUCCUCCACAGCCCCAUCCACGUCCUCCCCCUCCCCCGCCUCCUCCUCCUCCUCAGGACCCUCUCCGGUCAGGCAGAGCCUGGUGCACCACCGGGGCCGUCUGAACAGGCCCUCGCGCCUCUCCUUGGACACCCUACCCACGCUGCCCAGCAUGACGGAGCACCCCGUGAUGAUGCCCGGCGAGCCCAAGAGCCCGGGCGAGUACGUCAACAUCGACUUUGGAACGGCACAGCCCCCCUACUCUCCCCUGAUGUCAGCAUCACCAUCAUCAUCAUCAUCAAAGGCGAAAUCCCAGCCUUGUACAGUGCCCUCUUCUAACAACUCUUCCUCAUCCUCAUCUUCGUCUUCAUCAUCAUCGUCUUCGUCGUCAUCGUCAGCAUCGGAUAGCCCAGUGAACUCGACGCUGGCAGGUUACCCGGGCAGCCAGAGGGGCUCCCUCAUCCUGUCCGACUACAUGAACGUGGACUUGAGCUCGUGCUCGCCCAAGAGGAGCAGCAGCAACAUCGCCUCUUCCUCCUCCGCCUCCGUCGCGGUGGACCCGCUGGACUCGUUACCCGAGCUCUGCCCAUGCAGUGACAAGGACGACGGGGCUGAGGAGGGGGUGAAGGAGGAGAAUGGUGUGAGUGGCAUGUACGCCUCCCUGGCAGCGCCAGUCGUGCCCGGCUUGCCCGCGGCGGCAGCAGUGAACAAGGACGAUUACACAGAGAUGACGUUCGGAGGGGCUGGCUCCCCUGCCAAACCCAUCAGCCUGCACCAGUCCUCUGCCAACAGCGAUGGGGGCUCGUCCGCCAACACCUGCACCACCAGUCCCAGCAUCUGCGUCCAGAGGUUGACACUGGGAGACGUGGCAGCGGCUACCGCCACCCCAACCAUGGGUGCCACCACCAACUGCGGGGGUCUGGAGGCGUUCCUGCUCUCUGGCGGCUCUCCUCCAGUCUCGGACCCCGACCGGGGGGCCAAGGUGAUCCGUGCCGACCCCCAGGGCCGCAGACGCCACAGCUCGGAGACCUUCUCCUCCACCACCACGGUGACGCCCGUCUUCCCCUCCUUCGCCCACCACGGUGCGCGGCGGCACGGCGCCUCCGCCUCGGUGGAGAGCGUGCCGGCGUCGGUGCGCAACAGCGAAAGCGGCGUGGAAGAGGGCGGCAGCAGCAACCACCAUCACAGCGCCUAUGCCCACCACGCUCACCACGCGACCAGCCCCAUGUGCAGGCAGACGUCAGCCGGCUUCCAGAACGGACUCAACUACAUCGCCUUAAACCUGAUGGACGAGGGUGGCCACGGCCUGCCCGCCUCCUGCGACGCCCUGGUGCGCUUCAAGGCCACCAGCUGCUGCAAGGGGGGCAUCAAUGGAAUACACCUCGCCAGCCCCUACGCCAGCCUUGGCUUCAAGGAAACUGCCACAGCUGUGAAAGAUUGACUGACGUAAGAAGAGGAGUGCACACCCUUUUCGGAACAAGGGAGGAGGACAAGGAGAGGAUGACGGAGAGAGAGAGGGAGGGGGUGGGGGUGUCCACACGCCCUGACUGGACUGACUCGACGGAGGGACCUUGGCCGGGAAGGGCAGGGCAAGGAAGGGAAAGGAAGGGAGGCUACUGCAAACCCCCACCACGCCCCCUUUAAUCCUGACCCACCUCGACCCCCCCUCCCCCUCCUCCAGCCCCGCUCCACGCCCCCCGUCGGACAGAUGUACCUUCGUAGCCCCUUGCUCCAGGGGCCCACCCCGCGCUGACCCCUUACCAAGGGGAGCCUUUGGGACUGCAGUUGUCAAGGCAACAUGGGACAAUUGACUGCCCAGCCUGACGACAACAACAACAAAAAAUGGAUCCACGCCCCCCACCCCACUCCACUUCACUCUACUCCAAGUCAAUGACUCUGUCUCUUGCUCCAAAUCACGGACCCAGUGGCACCACCACCGUCACCAUCCCUUUAUUCUGCCUUGCAAUCCCCAAGCCCUUAUCCCCAUUCCCCAAUGGACUUCUGAUGAUCAGGAACUCUCUUUGCUGCUCUUUUCAAUGAGAUAUUAUACUCAUGACUUAAAACAGAAACGAAACAAAAAAAGACUUCACAAAACAUAAAAAUAAUUCUAUUGAGGUACAUGGUGGUAUGUCCUUGUUAAGUUAUGGGUUUUUUUCGUCCUAAGGGAUAGGGUUUGGUUUUUAUUAUUCUUAUAGUAUAUUCCUUUUCACUGGUUUCACAGCUCAGUUUGACUAAAGAGGGUACCAGUGCCUCUGCCCAACACCCCGCAACAACCUGUGAAACAAGGCUGCAAUGAGAAUAAUAUAUGUACGAAAACACACACUGACACACACCAUACACACAGAUGCACAGAUACCAACACACACACACACACACACACACACACACACACACACACACACACACACACACACACACACACACACACACACACACACACACACACACACACACACACACACACUUCCUCUGUCUCUUAGCACACGGCAUGUAUUCAUUUAUUUAUAUAUGUGUGCAAUUACACAUGUGUACCGUAUGUGUGUGGAUUUACUCGCAUGUGUAGUCACAGCACUGCGACCGAGAGGACAUUUCAGAUCUAUCUAUCUUAAAUAAUAUGUAUACAACCCCAACAAAUUCAGCAAGCAGUUGCUUCAAAUAGCCUACCCCUACCUCAGAGUGAGCCAGGAUAUAAAUAUAACACAUAUAUGUGAAAAAACAGAGUAUAUAUUGGGAAAAAUAUAUAUAUAACUAAUUUAUUUUCAGAGCUGAAUGUUUUUGUUCUCCUAAAACACCAAUCCAAAGCCUUAUUGAUUCUUCUGUAAAGUAGUAUUUCUUUUUUUCUCCUCUAAAGAUGAUGCAUAUGGACCUAGACAAAAAAACAUACGACAUACAUCCUUACAAAGAAUAUUAUACAUAUAUAUAUGCCAUUUGUCACGGAAACUGAAUGUCAUGAACCUGCAGUUGAACCCGGCACUUCCAUAAUACAGUAUAAUAUAUAGCAAAAAGUGGCUGUGAUCAAAGAUUUCUUCAGAUCUCUAUAUUACUAAUAAUAAUUAUUAUUAUCCUAAUUUAAAAACAGCUGCAUAAGAUAUUUAUGUGAUUUUUUAAAAGUAUAAUAAUAUUUAUCACCACUCUCAAAGGUCACGAAAAGGAAUACAGGUAGUGAUGAGUGGGUAGCCUGUUGGUUACCAUGCACUCGAAAAACAGGAACAGGUAGAGACGGCAAAGACGCCACACCCUCUUACACCUGUCCGUUUGUGUAUGUGUGUAUUCACCGCUACACCCGCUACAUAGCACAUGUUGAGGUGCUGAUUCAACACCUUAGAGGGUAGGACCAACACUAAAGAGUGUUAAAAGUGACUCUCUUAAGUGUUGAAUCAUUACAUCAAAAUGUGCGGUGUAACUCUCUGGGACAGCAUGGCCUAGGCACAUCUGGACACUUUAGAGACAUGUAACCUUAUCACCUUGAUCCACAGAAUCCCAACUCUCGAUUCCCAACUGACCCAGGCCCCUACAGUGGCUUGAUCCCUAUACACCAGAGACGACUUCUGCCCCUCAGGCAUUUUGUCUGCCCCCCUCUCGUCCAAAACACCCACACGGGGUGAUGACUGACUGGAGUAACUCACUCGGUAGUCAUUCAGUGUCUCCCCCUCACACACAGAUACACGUAGACACACUUACUCAAAAAGAGUUCAGGGCUUGAACACACUGCUGCUCCUCUCUGGAUAGAGGUCCUGACAAUAAGGGGACUGACCGACUUAUCAGAAAACAAACAAAGAAAAAAAGACAGACAGACAGACAGACAAAGCUUGGUCUUGCACUUACAAACUCCGUAGAUUGUAAAACACAAGACACAUUUGAAUGUAGAGCUUUUCUGCCUGCUCCACUGGAGAUAAAUGGACAAAACAUGACGAAAACAGAAGCAAACAAAUAAACAACGGCAAAAACAUGACAAAGACACGAGACAAAACAUAACAAGACAAGACACAACACACCGAGAAAUCAUUAAGAAAGAAAAACAAGAAAAAACAAAACAAAAUGUUUGAAAAAUGUUUCAAAAUGAGAACGCUUGUGACACACCAGUAUGUGUUUUCCAUGCAACGUUUGCCUAAAAAAGUUUGUAAAUACUGUACAGAACAGAGAAUGCAACUGAAAAGUUGUCAUGAUUUUUUUGAGUGUUUUAAGUUAAAAAAAAAGAUAAUAACUUAUGUCUUUUUGUAUAUAAAUGUUUGAAUGAAUGAAUGAAUUCCCCUCAAACAACUAAGCACUAAUGAAGGUACUAGCCAAGCCCUAAUUGGGUUUGGUUUGGUAUGGUUUUUUUUCUUUUUUUUCUUAGCUUUGUACGAUAAAUGCCACUAUGAAAGAUAUUUUAUAAUGCUGUAACAUUGAAAAAAGGAGGUACAUUUUCACUUAUUCAUACGAUGACCGUAAAUCUUGCUACAGAGGUGCAACCCACCGAUGGUAUAUGCAAUAUUUACACUUUUUCUAAAAAAAGAAAAUGAGAAAGAUUAGUUUACAGUAACGAACCAAAUGUCUAAAGAAAAACGUGUGUUAACCUGUUGACGCCUAAAAACCUUUUUUUUUUUUGCUGUGCACAUUUUUUUUCUGCCAACUUUGAGAGAGAAAAGUGUAUUUUGUGUUCCUUUUUUGCUGUUGGAUUCUAACCGUGAUUUUAUCAGUGUUUUCAUUCUGAUUCUGUACGUAAUAUUUUUUCAGUAUCAAGCGGUUGAAUACUUUUUUCCCGAGGCCUGACUGAUCGAUCUUGCUGUGUCUUCCAUUGUACAUGUCAUAUUACUUGCGCAUUGUGAUGCUACUAAAGAUAAUUUAAAACGACUCUAGUCGCAUUAGUAUCGCUUUAGAUCUGUAUUGAUUCUGAAUUAGUCACAUGCAAUAAAAAGUAACAUUAUUUAAGAAAUUCCACAAA